GAGCUACGACUCUACCAUUUAAAUUGAUGCGCAUGCGCAUUGGUGUACAAUUGGGACUUCAUCUCUUACACAACUGUGUCUUUCUUCAUUCUGUCUGUAUCUCCUCGCCGGUGUGUGGUAACCCUACUCGUUACCCUUUUUUGAUUUUUCAAUCAAACAACGUUUAGGAAAUGAGUGGGGACCAUUCCCACAGUGAGGACCAGAUUGACGGUGGGUCUCGUUUCAAUGACUCUCACAAGCAUAAAGACAAGUAUAAAGAGAAGGAACACAAACAUAAGGACCACAAGAAGGAUAAAGAACGGGAGAAGUCAAAGCAUGGCAAUAGCAAUCACAAGGACUCGUCUGACAAAAAACACAGAGACAAGGAGAAGGAAAAGAUGAAGCACAAAGAUGGCAGCACAGACAAAUACAAGGACAAGCACAAGGAGAAAAAGAUGAAGUCCAUUGAUGUUAAAGUCAAAAAGGAGAAUGGCUUUGCCAGCCCUCCACAAGUGAAGUCUGAGCCUGAGGAUGGCUUUUACCACUCUCCUAAAAAUGAGAAGUCCCUAAAAAGGGAAAGGGACGAUGAUAAUGACUCUGAAUUCAAGCCCAAAAAAAUUAAGACUGAAAAUGACAAGAAGGCCAAGAAAAGGAAACAAGAUGAGGACAUUAAGCCAAAAAAGACAAAAAACAAAAGAGAAGUCACUGAUGGAAAAAAGAAAGCAAAGAAAGAGCCAGAAGAGAAGUGGAAAUGGUGGGAAGAAGAGAGAUACACAGACGGCAGCAAAUGGAAGUUUCUGGAACACAAAGGGCCAGUAUUUGCACCGCCGUAUGAGCCUCUUCCUAGUCAUGUAAAAUUUUACUAUGAUGGUAAGCCCAUGAAGCUCAGCCCAGAGGCAGAAGAGGUUGCCACAUUCUUUGCCAAAAUGCUUGACCAUGAGUACACCACAAAAGACAUCUUCCGCAAAAACUUCUUUAAAGAUUGGAGGAAGGAAAUGACUGCAGAGGAAAAAGCUAAGCUCACAGAUUUGAAGAAGUGCAACUUCACUGAAAUGAGUGAAUACUUCAAGGCUCAGUCGGAAGCCAGGAAGGCCAUGACAAAGGAUGAGAAACUGAAAAUAAAGACGGAGAAUGAGCGCCUCUUGCAAGAGUAUGGCUUCUGCAUCAUGGACAACCAUAGGGAGCGUAUUGCUAACUUCCGCAUUGAGCCCCCAGGGCUGUUCCGCGGCCGUGGAGACCAUCCUAAGAUGGGCAUGCUGAAACGGCGCAUCAGGCCUAAAGACAUCAUCAUCAACUGCAGCAAGGAUUCCAAGCACCCAGAGCCUCCCCCAGGCACUAAGUGGAAAGAGGUUCGCCAUGACAACAAGGUGACAUGGCUGGUGUCGUGGACGGAGAACAUUCAAGGCUCCAUCAAAUACAUUAUGCUGAACCCCAGCUCUAGGAUCAAGGGAGAGAAGGAUUGGCAGAAGUAUGAAACGGCUCGUAGACUGAAGAAAUGUGUGGACCGUAUCAGAAACCAGUACCACGAAGACUGGAAGUCUAAGGAGAUGAGGAUCAGACAGAGGGCUGUGGCACUCUACUUCAUCGACAAGCUGGCUCUAAGAGCGGGUAAUGAGAAGGAGGAAGGAGAGACUGCGGACACCGUGGGCUGCUGCUCGCUGAGAGUUGAACACAUCAAACUCUAUCCAGAGAACGACGGUCAGGAGUAUGUGGUGGAGUUUGACUUCCUGGGUAAAGACUCCAUCCGCUACUACAACAAAGUCCCAGUGGAGAAAAGGGUAUUUAAGAAUCUUCAGUUGUUUAUGGAGAACAAGGAGCCUGACGAUGAUCUGUUUGAUCGCCUUAAUACUUCUGUUCUGAACAAGCAUCUUCAGGAGCUGAUGGACGGUCUGACAGCCAAAGUCUUCCGUACCUACAACGCCUCAAUCACCCUGCAACAGCAGUUAAAGCAGCUCACAAGUGCGGAUGAGAACAUUCCAGCCAAGAUCUUGUCCUACAACAGGGCCAACAGGGCUGUGGCUAUCCUGUGUAACCAUCAGAGGGCUCCACCAAAGACAUUUGAGAAGUCUAUGCAGAAUCUGCAGACUAAGAUUGAUGCUAAAAGAGAUCAGCUUUCUGAUGCCAAGAGAGAACUUAAGAGCGCCAAAGCGGACGCCAAAGUACGGAGAGAUGAAAAAUCAAAAAAAGCUGUGGAGACCAAGAAGAAGGCGGUCCAGAGAAUAGAGGAGCAACUGAUGAAGCUGGAGGUGCAGGCGACCGAUCGCGAAGAGAACAAGCAGAUUGCUCUCGGCACUUCCAAGCUCAACUAUUUGGACCCUCGCAUUUCUGUGGCUUGGUGUAAGAAGUGGGACAUUCCAGUGGAGAAGAUCUACAACAAAACCCAGCGUGAGAAGUUUGCCUGGGCCAUCGACAUGGCAGAUGAAGACUUUGAAUUUUAAAUCCCAAUAUGUGGUUUAAACUAUGAUACACUUUUUCUUUUUUUUUUUAUCGGAUACUUGUUCUUUUAGCUAAAUCGACUUUUGCUCGACGGCCAGACCUGAUCAGGAAUUUCAGACAGCAGAGACACGGUAAGACGAGAUGAUGAGGCCAUAAUGAAGUGGCAGGAUGGUGUUGUGGGUAGUCUAAACAUCUGAUCUGAGAUCAGGCAUCAAGGCUGAACUACACCCACAACUGAGCAUCAAGGCAUAGUCCCAGUAAUUGGAAGACCUUUUUACCUUGUCUCCCUCCCGUCUCAAGGACACAACCUGACGAUGCCUACACUUUGAACUCUGUGGUCCUAGCUACUGUAUUCAGCAAAAAAAAAUGUUUUCAUUUGAUUUUCUCUGUUCACUUGCUUUGUAUUUUAGCCCUUCUAUGUAUUAAUGAAUUCUAUAUUUUAAUAGACAAAGUUAAAUCGAAUGAUCUUCUUAACUACACCAUGCGCCUUUUUAAGGAAAUGGAUAUGUGAGCUCUACUUCGUGUGUGUGCGUGCGCACAUGGGUGUAUGAGGGGGCUCGGCCAUGAAAUUGUUUGGGUGGAUAUUUUAAACUGGACUAUGUUGAAUUGUUUAGCAUGAAAGACUGUCUGGGCAGGCAAAGGGGAAAAUACUGCAACCAUGUCAAUAUUUACUUAAGCAAGCAGAAUGUGAAUAUUUAGUUUUACAGCCUCCAUCAGGGACUUCUUUUCAGUGUAAAUGUGAACCAAUCAUUUUAAUCCUUUAGUCGCAAGCAUCCUCUGAAUCCUUCUGCAUAGUUUUGUCUACAUCGAUUUUUAACUUAAUUUAAUAAUUGUCUCAAGAAAAAAAAAUCCCAUAUCUGUUACUUGAAGAUGAUGUAUUUAAAGUCAUUAAAUGGAAAGUGUUUUUCUUCCCCGACGGAUAUGUGAGGGAUAUCAACUUUGCCAAAAAAAAUCACCAAUCUGUUACAAUUUUAGACAGGUUUUUUAAUCGUGUAAAGAUUGAGGAUGAAAUAAUGUAACAUUUAAUGUGAAUUCAGUUCAUUUUAUUCCACUUUUAUGAUAGGACAAUUGUAAGUAGCUGUAAAGUCAACAUCCUAUUCCUGUUUUACCUUUUGUCAUAGCCUUUGAUCAUGUUUUCUUUAGUUUUAUGCUCAUUGUAGGUUGAGAAAAAAAUAAAACCCUACAAGUAAA